AAGAAAAAAAGAUGGCCGCCGGUGGGCUGCCAUGAAGAGGCUGCGUCGCUCGUGCUCGUGGAAAUGGGACGUUGGCGACAUCCAAGUGUCACCGUCGUGCUCGUCAAGUGUCACAAAGUGUUCACGGAGUGACGUUAAGUGUUUUUGUUUUGUUCGAAUAGCGGAUUAAUUCUCCGAAAUGGCAUCCGAUGGUAGGAUGGAAUGGGUGGAAAUUAUAGAACCUCGUACCAAGGAGCAUAUGUAUGCCAAUCUUACAACCGGAGAAUGUGUAUGGGAUCCUCCACCUGGUGUACCAGUGAAAAAGACAGAUAACAAUCAAUGGUGGGAGUUGUUUGAUCAAAAUACUUCAAGGUUUUAUUAUUAUAAUGCAACUUCCCAAAAAACUGUAUGGCACCGCCCAAGUGAUUGUGACAUCAUACCUUUAGCAAAGCUUCAGACAUUGAAACAAAAUACAGAGCCAGCCAGUAGUAGUGGAAUAGAUAGCCAAAAAUCAGGCGAGCCGAGAAGGAAAGAAUCCGUAUCAACUCAGACGCAAACUCCUUCCAUUAGUAGAUUAACGCGAUUUAAUCAUCAAGAAAAUUCCAAUUUAUCUUCUUCGUUGCAAAGUGGUAAUGUAAAUAAAACGAGAACAUCCAGUGUCGGUGUGGAUCUUCAGACAUCUCCACCAUCACCAUCUCCAUCUUCGAGACGGCAUCACCAUCACCAUCAUCAUCAUAAUAACAGGCAUCAUAGGCAUCACGAAGUGCCAACAGCACGACGUCAGCACAAUCAUUCCCAGGAUUCUGGACGUUCUAGUGAUAGUUCUGUUUCUCAUAGUCGAACGUCAUUGGAGUCGACUGGAUAUCGGUUAUUGGACUCACCGCACCGGCACCAUCAUCGACCCGGUGGCCAGGUACCGGGUCAAGCACAAUCAUCGCCCAGGCAACACAGCGGUACAUUGGAAGCUAGAGGGCACAAGAGUGGAACGUUGGAAAGUGUAAAAAAUCAGAAGUCGGUACCGUUGGGCGAACCGCCACCCUUAGGUUUGUCCCUCUCCACUAGUACUCCUAUUUUUAAGAAGAAAUCAUUUGUUGACACGCAACGCGAAAGUAGGACAGGGAACUUAGAGUUGGAAAAGAAUAAAAAUGGUAGAGAAAGCAGUAGAGGUUCGUACGGUCCUGAACCAAGUACUUCGCCAUAUCGUGAUUCGUUGAUGGAAUCUAGAAUAUUUAGACAAGAAAUGCCUCCUUACCGUCCGCCGGAAGUUCAAUUGAGCCAUAGUUACAAAUCGCAGGGUGAGAAGUAUGGCUCGUUGGUGGAAAGUAGUAAUCGUUAUCAUAGAGAUAGAGAAAGAGAGAUGCAUCAUAGAGAGAGAGUAAAUAGUUUGGACAAAACAAACACUUCAGCCUUUUAUCCAAGUUCCAUGCAUCCACGUAAUAUGAAUAAGCAAGAUAAUACCGGUAGUAUAGGAAGAAGGCAUCACGGAUGCUCGGUGUCGCUUUCCGAAGCGAACGUUAGAGAUAUGUACGGUGCGAUGUUAGCCGAAAGAAACGAACCGUCUAAAAGCCUUGUCAGAGGUGCGAGUGUCCUAAGCAAUGCAUCGAAGCAAAGAAGCAUAGAGGUUGUGGAACGAGAAAGAGAACGUGAACGUGAACGUGAACGUGAACGAGAAAAGGAAAGGGAACGUGAACGAGAACGUGAGCGGGAAAGAGAAAGAGAGCGUGAACGCGAAAGAGAAAGAGAGCGUGAACGAGAACGUGACAGAGAAAAAGAAUACAGAAGAAAUACAGCGUGUAAUAAUUCCCUGGAUUGCGUGUCACAACCACUGGCUCGCAGUUACAGUUUCGUUCAGCAGCAAAAGCAACAGCAGAAAUUACAGCAGCUCCAUCAACAGCAGCAGCAGCAAUCGAGAAGAAGGGACAGGGACGACGAUUCCAUGCACGAGCGUUAUUUAAUAAGUCAAAGUCACGAGCAACCUAGACAAAGGCUUAGCAGUAAUACUAGUAGUAGCAAUAGCAGUAACAGUAGCAGUAAUAGUGCCGUAGGAGAGGAAACGGAGGGGCUUACGGAAGGCGAUGACAGUAAAAAGAAGAGAAGUAAUGGUAAUCCGAGUCCACCUCCUUCUCCGUUUUAUGGAAAUCUGUUAUCCGACGCGGAUCACUUGCUGCCACUUCAGCAUUAUAUUCUUCAGCAAGCAAAACUCUCAGGUUGUUACAAGUUUGGAGAUCCUUUGUUAGUAGAGGAAGGCGACGAUUCCUUGGACGAGGAAGGUGGAAGAGGUGAAGGAAUCGGUGGUAGAGCUGACGACGAUUCUGACGAUCAGUUUGCGGAUGAUGAAGCAGCGAGUAACCAAGGUGACUCUUCUAGUCAGGAGUACCUAGAAGAUCAUUACGCUGAUUUAGGUAACUACGAUACCGCAGGCUUGGCUACGUAUUACAACACAGCGGACACGUUGACAAGGCCGCAAGUACGACCGCCGUCGCCGCCCAUAAUCGCAUCGCAAGCGGAAAUACGAGAGAGCGUGACAACGGCGAGGCAACCACCGCUUCCAGCACCUACUACUAUAACUUCUGUUCCUAGUGUUGGUACCGGCGUUGAUAACACCGACAUAGACGAGGCGAGACGUGACGACAGCGCGGGUGGCGGUGAUAUAGAGAAAUACGCACAGGACAAUCUUAACUUGAAUUGCGGAAGGCCGAAGGGGCUGAGAUUGUUGUUUCGGAAAAAGUUCAGCGUCCGAGACAUUCUUAGCUGGUCUAAAGAUCCGAUACCGCAGCCGAUGCUGGUGGUAGUCGACGGUGAAAAGUUACUGAAACGGGAGGCCUGUAAUUUGUUCAGAUUGGUGCAAGUGUACAUGGGUGAUCGGAAGGCGAACGUAGAAAUGACGUUGGACAGUGUGGCUAUGGAUAUCGUGAAUACCGCAUUCUCGAAGCCACCGUUGCGGGACGAAUUGUACGUUCAGAUUUGCAGACAGACUACGGAGAAUCCACGGAAGGAAAGUUUGCGCAGAGGCUGGGAAUUGAUGGCUGUAUGCCUGGCAUUCGUGCCGCCCAGCGCCACGUUCGAGCCUUACCUCGAGGGGUACAUGAACAGGCAUCGUGAUUCGAAUUUUCAAUUCUCCGAGGUAGCCAAAUGGCCGAUUCAUGUACAAGUUAGUCACUACGCAACUGUUGCCUGUCGUCGUUUACAACGAAUCGGAGCGCAUGGGAAGCGACAGCCCCGCAAGGCUACCAUAGAGGAUAUCGUUCAAGCAAGAAUCCAGAUUUUCCGAGCGUCUAUGUUCGGAGCUACGCUUUCAGAAGUGAUGGCUCUUCAAAGAGACAGAUUUCCUAACCGAGAGUUACCAUGGAUACAAACUACGUUGACCCGUCAAGUGUUGGCACGAGGUGGUAUCCUGACUGAGGGUAUAUUUAGGGUAUCCGCUGAUGCGGAUGAAGUUAGUAUUUUAAAGUCGUACUUAGAUAGGUUCGAUGAUGACAAUUCGCCAGCUUCGCAAGAUGCUCACGCACCUGCUUCUUUAUUGAAAUUAUGGGUUCGAGAGCUUUAUGAACCGUUAAUACCUGAUUCCUUUUAUACGGAGUGCGUGUCGAUGAGGCACGACGAUGUUGAAGCUUCUGCAGUUAACGUUGCCGCGCUUGUAGAUCGACUGCCUGAUUUGAAUCGACGAGUUCUUUGUCAUCUAAUAAGAUUUCUUCAGAUAUUUGCUAGGCCAGAGGUGGUAGCCCGUACUAAAAUGGAUGCGAACAAUUUAGCAAUGGUUAUGGCACCAAAUAUAUUACGGUGUACUUCUCAAGAUCCUCGCGUGAUCUUGGAAAAUGCACGAAAAGAAAUGGCUUUUGUUCGUACUCUUAUCGAGUCGUUAGAAACUGCUUGGGUCGAUGAUCUUCACUGACCAUUCUAUUGCGCGCUAGAAGAAAGAACGCUCUAGACUACUAUGCCAAAUGAAUCAGCUGUAUAUUCACAUGUAUUGUUAGUUAUUUCACUGUUCUCUAUUAUCUUUCACUAUCUUUCUCUCUCUUUUUUAAUCUUUAUUUUUAUCACAAUGCCCCAAUGAAUGUCUCGUAAAUGGUAAAUUUAGUGCUAAAGUCUCGUAAAAGUCUUGAAAAUCAACCAGUCUCGAUUUCCUCGUUUUCCUAUUUAUUAUUUAUAUAUAUACGCAGAUUAUAUGUUAUAAAAGAUAGAGAUUAUUAGAUUAUAUUAUGUACAUCGCUAUAUAUUCAUAUUAUAUAUUUUACCAACCCUUGUUACCGCGUUGAUUAAAACGCGGACGGCUUUUUUACUCGAUCAUUGUUGAAUCUCGUGUAAAAUAAAAAGGAAAAAAAAAAAAUAACAACUCCAUGUGUUACCGUGUAUAGCUGCACUCCGCGAUGAUCUUUUUGUAUAAGCGACGAAUUGACGUGUAUAACGUUUUAUCGAGGAGUAAACAUUGCAAAAGAUUAGCAAGCUGUA